AUGUCAACUUUUACUAGUGGAACCACAGUUUAUGAUUCCGUAUUUUCAGGUAAUGAAAGUUACGACGAUUCAACCUACAAUGAUAAUGAUAUCUUUGAAUUCAAUAUAAACGAUGAAGAUGAAGAUAUCAGUAGUAUACUGACUUCAAUUCCAGACUCUCCAUUAUUAGCCCCAUAUAAAUACAUUAAUAGCAAUUAUCAUCAUCAACCACAGUAUUAUAAUUAUUACGCUGAAGAAGAUUCUGAUGAAGAAUUUAAUUCAACUAUUAGAACUAGUGGUCAAAGCGGUUGGUUAUAUGAAUGUUGUAUCUGCAAGAUGAAAACAUCUGAAGUGCAUCAUAAAUGCGUCGAAGCUACUAAUGAAUCAUCCAAUUAUCCUCAACAAGAAGAUUCCAUAAAUUAUAAUAAUGAAUUAAUUCAAUCAAAUUAUAGAAAAUGGUUAUUCAGUAUCUCCCCAAAUUAA